AUGGCGUCCACGAUCCGAAAUCGUACCUCGACUUUCGUCAAGCGCGAAGACGAGUACCCCUCAACCCUACGAGCUCGCCUGCGCGACGACCCUCCACCUCAACGUUCCCCCUCAAAGCCCGCUCCAUAUGACAAUCUAUACCAGCAGGUUCACGCCUCUCUGGGAAAUUACAGAUCAUAUGCACGCAUGGGACUAGCCAUACAUGAGUCUGCGACUGAACACCUCGAGAAAGCACACGCCGAUGUCCAAGCCGAGAUCAAAAGCUUCGCCGAAGAAUCGCCGAAGACACUGGCGCAAAGCAGAGACCUCUACGCCAACAUUGAGUACCCACUGUCAAAAACCCUUUGCGACUCGGACGACCAUCCUCGAGCAAGCCUCGAAGUCCAUCUGAAUCGUCUCAAACAAGAUAUCGCUGCGGCAAGGGAACAAGUUGUUCGCCUCAGCGCCGAGUGGGAGGAAUGCUGUCGCACUGAAGAAGAAGCGUGGGAUGAGUUCAAGAAUGGGCUAGAACACCGCGGUCGAGGAGCGAAUGGUAUGGAUCAGGAAACUAAAGCAGCAGCUGAGGAGUUCAAGAAAGAAGCCAGGGCUAUUGUUCAGGCCAAUUGUCAGCUGUUGGACGAGGUUGACCAGGACUUUAAAAGUAAGAUCCAGGAAGAAACCCAAAAGAUCAUGGCGAGUUUGCUCGCUGGUAUUUGA